GCUGUUUUCCAAGAUGGCGACUCCGGCGGAUACACCGUUUGUGUUCCUCCUGUUAUUAUUUCAAAGCGGCGUUUGGGGCGUUCCCGUCUGUCAAACACCCCAAGAAAGUCCUACAUGUGGAUACAAGUCAUGUCAUGCUACCAAGCCUGGGAUGUUGAACGUGCAUCUGGUUCCCCACACCCACGACGACGUUGGCUGGCUCAAGACCGUGGACCAAUACUUUUAUGGAGACCGUAAUGACAUCCAGCACGCAGGGGUGCAGUACAUCCUGGAUUCUGUGGUGGACCAGCUGCUGAAGAACCCUGACAGACGCUUCAUCUACGUAGAGACGGCCUUCUUCUACCGCUGGUGGAAACAACAGACUGAUGACAUGCAGAACACUGUCAAACAGCUAGUCAAUGAGGGGCGGUUGGAGUUUGUGAACGGGGGCUGGUGUAUGAGUGACGAGGCGACCACCCACUACAGUGCAGUCAUAGACCAGAUGACCAUGGGCCUGCGGUUCCUCAACGACACGUUCGGACACUGCGCGCCCCGCGUCGCCUGGCACAUCGACCCCUUCGGGCACGCCCGCGAGCACGCCUCCAUGUUCGCACAGAUGGGUUAUGACGGCUUCUUCUUUGGUCGUCUGGACUACCAGGAUCGUAACAGGAGGAUGGUAGCCAGGGAACAGGAGAUGUUGUGGAGGGCCAGCGAGAGCCUCACCCCCCCUAUGGCUGACCUCUUCACUGGUAUCCUCCCUAACGGGUACAACCCUCCGGAGGGCUUCUGUUGGGACCAGUCAUGUGACGAUCCACCAAUCAGGGACGACCCUGAUCUGGAGGACUAUAAUGUUGACGAUGUGGUGACCAGGUUCCUCCACAUCGCACACGGACAGGCAUUGGUGUAUAAAACCAACCACAUCAUCAUGACUAUGGGGUCAGACUUCCAGUAUGAGAACGCCAACCUGUGGUAUAAGAACCUGGACAAGCUCAUUCGCUACGUCAACCAGAUGCAGAGUAACGGCUCUGAAGUCAACGUUCUCUACUCUACACCCUCCUGUUACCUACAGGAGCUACACAGGACUAAUCUCACAUGGCCUCUAAAAGGAGAUGAUUUCUUCCCCUAUGCCGACUCAGCUCAUGACUUCUGGACAGGAUAUUUCACCAGCCGUCCAGCCCUGAAACGCUAUGAGAGGAUCAGCAACAGCUACCUGCAGGCGUGUAAACAGCUGGAGGUCCUUGGUGGCCCCAUCUCAAGGAAAGGUCCCUUUGGAGCUGGAGACAGUGAGACCCUGAAGAAGGCCAUGGCAGUGGCUCAGCAUCACGACGCUGUAUCCGGGACGGAAAAGCAACACGUUGCCAACGACUAUGCUAGGAAACUGGCCAGCGGCUGGGCACACUGCCAGGUGUUGGUCAGUAACCUCCUAUCACUCUCUGGUGGAUCAUCUGCUCCUCGUGUUUACUGUGAACACUCAAUAUCAGUGUGUCCCCUCACAGAGACCAGCAAGAAGUACACUACAUGGUUCUCAGUGAGCGUGUACAACCCUCUAGCUCCAGUCAGUUGGCCAGUUAGACUGCCAGUCAACGGGACGGCCUACAAUAUCUCAGAUGCUAAGGGCAGGGCUGUGGACGGUCCAGUUGUGCCCUCUACCCCCCCAGGUGGUCCCGGUGUCCCCAGAUACAGCGAGCGGUGCCGACGGGGCAGGGGGUACGCUGCCAACGAGCUGUUGUUCCAGGUUCAGGCCCCUCCCCUGGGCUACAGCACCUACUCUGUCUCCCUGCUUCAGAACGGCCCUCCAUCUCCUCCAUCUCCACUGCCCAGGGCUCCCAAGGCUGUACAGAACAAGUUUCUCAGGGUGACCUUUGACCCAGAGACGGGUCUCCUCAGCAGCCUCAGUAACCUGGAGACACAACAGACUGUCAAACUGUCACAGAACUUCUACUGGUACAACGCCAGCGAUGGUAACAACUCAGAGAGUAUUCAGAUGUCAGGGGCCUACAUCUUCAGACCUAACACCUCUACCCCCUUCAUCAUCAGCAAGACGGCUAAGAUAGAAACACUACAGAAUUCCGUGGUGCAGGAGGUGAGACAGUGGUUCAGUCCCUGGAUCUCUCAGGUGGUCCGUCUCUACACAGACAGCAGGGCUCUGGAAUUGGAGUGGACUGUCGGCCCGGUGCCUAUAGGUGAUGACCUGGGUAAAGAGGUGAUAAGUCGUCUAGACAGCAGCAUCAACUCCUCUGGUGUCUUCUACACUGACUCUAAUGGCAGAGAGGUGCUGCAGAGACGGAAAGACUACCGGCCCACGUGGAACCUGAGACAGUCUGAGCCAAUUGCUGGCAACUACUAUCCAAUCAACUCUAGAGCUUACAUUAAGGAUGACAAGGACCAGCUGACUGUAGUGACGGACCGUUCUCAG